AUGAGCCUUUAUCACUACGAGGUUGUGCGGCAGAACCUGAAAGACUGCACCUUGCUUACUUCGGAUUCCUCCGAUCUGCCGCAUGGCUGGGAUGCGCGCUGGGGGGCAGAGGCGCUGUAUCAGGUUGCCAAGCGAUCCACAGCGAGGACUCGACAGGAGUGGGCGGAAGAUAAGGCAGUCUUGAAGCUGGCUGAGAAGCUGCAGGAAGACGCCGCAGACUUAGAUGAUGCAGACAUCAUCUUGCUGUCCAUGGAGGCUCUCAGAAGGAUGACGAUACAGGAGUCGCAGGAUCAGAAGUCCAUCAUAGAGCACGUCGUCUCCCUGAUGGUCGCUCGCAGCUGGCGGUCUCCUGCCAAGAGCCUUGCGCGGCUUUUCUGGCUCGGUGCGCCAUUGAAGAGCGAAGGCUCGCUGAAAGAGCACUUCGCGUCGAAGGCUCUGCCCUCGCUGCUCCGCUCCAAGCAGAUGGACCUUGAUGGGCCAGACUUGGCCCUGAUCUUGGCCGCCAUGAAGGGCGAGAAGGGUGUGAAGGACACCGCCCUCCAGUCGAAGGUGGUGCUGCGACUGAAGGAGAAAGGCAUCCAUCGUGGCCUCUCUGCAACUGACAUUGUGGAGAUGGCGGAGUGUCUUCAGGACCUGGGAGUGCAAGAUCAGGCGGCUUUGAGGCCCUUGGGCCAGGAAGGACUGCGCCGGCGAGGCGAGCUGACUCCUGAUGAGUCCCAUCGCAUCCACACCGCCUUCCAGGCGAUGAAGCAGCCGCUUCCGCAGGUCUGGGACAAGCCAGGCAGCACGAAGACGAAGCAGACAGAAAAUGGCAAGGUCACCACGCAGGCCUUCGCCUUGCAAGAAGGGCACGAAAAGAAGCGGCACGGAAACAACGAUGCCUGGCAGUGCUUUGUAAUUUAG